GCGAGCACGGGGCAGCAGCUUUGCGUAACACCAGAGGAAAUAGCAGCCGUUAGUUUGAUUUUAACACGACGUGGUUGAGUAUCUAAAGGUUUGUGAAUGUGGUCCUAAUGGGCGGUCCCCAUCCUGUAGCUGCUUGAGCCGGAUAAUCUCAUUUCAAAACAAGGGUCGAAGCUAAAGAAACACGUUGUCAGGCUGCUCGUCUUUGUCAGGCAGCGGUGGAAUCACUAGUAAGUGGGUCGAUCGGUCAAGAAACGGUGUCUGGCCUUAGCACAGUUUUAAGAGAAACCCCGUUGAUCUCGUAGUCAGGAUGCUGUGCCAUGAUCAGCAUGUGAACGGUGUCAGUGGACAGGAGCACCCGAUGAAGCAAGUACGGUUUGCAAACAACAAUAACAACAGCAACAGCAACAGCAGCAGUGUCCCUGUAGUGCUGACCAGCCCUGAACCAAGUGAUCCAACCGCGCAGCCAGUCAGCCAGGAUAACCUGGGCCCUCAGCUCAAACUGCUUCCUCUGAACGACCAGAUCCGUGAAUUACAGACUAUAAUCAGAGACAAGACAACCAGCAGGGGAGAUUUUGUGUUUUGUGCUGACAGACUGAUCAGGCUUGUAGUUGAAGAGGGCUUGAAUCAGCUCCCCUACUCAGAAUGCACUGUGACCACACCAACAGGGUACAAGUAUGAAGGUGUCAAGUUUGAAAGAGGCAACUGUGGAGUUAGCAUUAUGAGAAGUGGUGAGGCCAUGGAGCAGGGUCUCCGCGACUGCUGCCGCUCCAUCCGGAUUGGCAAGAUCCUCAUCCAGAGCGACGAAGAGACACAGAAGGCGAAGGUCUACUACGCCAAGUUCCCCCCAGACGUGUAUAGAAGAAAAGUGCUGCUCAUGUACCCCAUCCUUAGUACAGGGAACACAGUGAUUGAAGCGGUGAGGGUGCUGAUAGAGCACGGAGUGCAGCCCAAACAUAUUAUCCUCCUCAGCCUCUUCUCCACGCCUCACGGAGCCAAAUCUAUAAUCCAGGAGUUCCCAGAUAUCACCAUCUUGACCACAGAGGUUCACCCAGUGGCUCCGACACAUUUUGGACAGAGGUACUUUGGUACUGACUAAACAGAGGACAACGUGAGGAACAUGAUGGGGCAAUCUGUUUUGAGUAUAUUUUGUUGUUUAUUUAAAUGUAUCUCAUGUUCUCCUUGUUGUGCCAAAAUAAAUACUGCAAUAUUA